AUGCUUAGAGAUGGACCCACGGGCGAUUGGAUAGGUACUUUUCUAGGCCAUAAAGGUGCCGUGUGGAGUGCCAAAUUGAGCAAAGAUGCAUCUAAAGCAGUUACGGCUUCAGCUGAUUUUACGGUAAAAUUAUGGGAUACAUAUACCGGUGACGUGCUUCACUCGUUCGCCCAUGAUCACAUCGUACGUUCGGCGGAUAUUUCAGGUGAUGGAACGCGCAUUGUGUCUGGUGGACAGGAAAAAAAGUUGAGGAUGUUCGAUUUAAAUAAACCAGAAGAAGCGGUUGCGGAAACAGAGGGUCAUGAGUCCACCAUUAAGAGCGUUAUUUGGGAUGGUGAAAGGAAUGUUAUAUUGAGUGCAGGGGAUGACAAAGAGAUUCGUUUUAGUAAGGUUAAUAGUUUCAAGACAGAACAUCCCAUCACUAGCAUGGAACUUUCCGCAGAUGGAAAAUAUAUCACGAGUACAGCUGGCAAAGUUGUCCACUUUCUGGACGCGUCAACUUAUCAGGUUUCCAAAUCUAUCGCAACAGCAUAUGAUGUUUCUUCAGUUUCGUUACAUACUGAUCACAAGAGGUUUGUCGCAGGUGGAGAUCUGUGGGUGAGGAUAUAUGAUUUUGAGAGUGGCAAAGAACUUGAGGUUUACAAAGGUCACCAUGGACCAAUUCAUACUGUAAGCUACAGUCCCGAUGGUGAAAUUUAUGCCACUGGCUCAGAGGAUGGUACUAUAAGAUUGUGGCAGACAACACCCGGAAAGAGUUAUGGCCUUUGGCAGAAUAAGGCUUCUAAAGAUGAGAAGGAAAAUGAUGUGAAUGGAAUACUUACAGAAUAA